ACGACGAACAACGGUUUGACGUUAUCCGCUUUGAAAUGGCGUUGAGGCAGUUGAAGACGCUGUCAUUUUUUUGUUAUUUUUAUCAUUUUGGUCACUUCAGCUUUUAAGUUUUUGGUCCAGUGCUAACUUCUGAACUUAAUCUAUAAUUUUGCGCUUUGUUCAGUUGUUAAACAAAAAUGUAUUGCAGAAAAGUGUGAAUAACUGACGUUGCAUAAUAAGGCCGCAGCAGGCCCCGGAGUUGCGUAAAGAUUACGGCCGCUCUCCAGUGCUUGGCCCUGCCGCAGAGCUGCUAUUUGGUUUAGGUUGUUCCCGGCUAGACAUGACAGUCCUGGAAACGAAGUGACACAGCUGGAGCCCAGUCCCGUCGUAACCACCACUUUAUCAAAUAGCUUCUACUGCUUGAGUUAUAUUUUACAUUAAAUUGCAUUUUGCAAACGCAUAAUUAAUAUGGCGUCAGUGCCAGUGUAUUGCUUGUGUCGCCUGCCUUAUGAUGUGACACGCUUCAUGAUUGAAUGUGACAUCUGUCAAGACUGGUUUCAUGGAAGCUGUGUUGGUGUUGAAGAGGACAAGGCUACUGAGAUUGACCAGUACCACUGCCCCAACUGUCAGGUCACCCAUGGGCCCUCUGUUAUGCGCAAACGGCGUGGAGGCAAUAAACAGACAGAUGGAAAUACAGGCGUAGGAAGAGAUCCCAGUAAGCCUGUAAAGACAGGGAGCCAACAGUUUGUCAGAGAGCUUCGUAGCAGAACAUUCCCAAAUGCCGAUGAAAUCUUGCUGAAGCCGUCCGGGGCUCAACUGACGGUUGACUUUCUGGAAGAGCAUUCUUUCAGCGUUCCUGUCAUGGUGUUGAGGCGGGAUGGCUUAGGCAUGACCCUUCCUCCAUCCUCGUUCAGUGUCAGUGACGUGGAGCACUACAUUGGUUCAGAUAAAGAGAUUGAUGUUAUUGAUGUGUCUCGUCAAUGUGACCUGAAGAUGCGACUAGGAGACUUCGUUGAAUACUACAACAGCCCUAAUCGGGACAGAGUGCUCAAUGUGAUCAGCCUGGAGUUCUCUGAAACUAGGCUCUCAAAUUUGGUGGAGACUCCGAAGAUUGUGAGAAAACUUUCAUGGGUGGAAAACCUCUGGCCUGAAGAGUCAGUUUUUGAACGGCCAAAUGUGCAGAAGUACUGUCUGAUGGGAGUAAAGGACAGCUACACAGACUUUCACAUUGACUUUGGUGGGACUUCAGUAUGGUACCAUGUCCUGAGGGGCGAGAAAAUCUUCUAUCUAAUUUCUCCCACCCCAGCCAAUCUGGCACUUUUUGAGCGAUGGAGUUCCUCAUCUAACCAGAAUGAGAUGUUCUUUGGGGAUCAAGUUGACAUGUGUUACAAGUGUUCUGUCAAGCAAGGAAACACACUGUUCAUACCAACAGGAUGGAUUCAUUCUGUGCUGACUCCCGUGGACUGUCUGGCGUUUGGAGGAAACUUUCUGCACAGUCUCAACAUUGACAUGCAGCUGCGGGCGUAUGAAAUAGAGAAGAGAUUAAGCACAGCCGACUUGUUCAAAUUCCCCAACUUUGAGACUGUAUGUUGGUAUGUUGGGAAGCACCUUCUUGAUAUAUUCAGAGGACUGAGAGAAAAUCGCAGACACCCUGCCAGCUACCUUGUUCAAGGAGCUAAGGCCCUGAACAACGCUUUCCGCACCUGGACGCGCAAAGAGGCCUUAGCAGAUCAUGACAUGGAGAUACCAGAGACAAUCAACACUCAGACAUUAAUAAAAGACCUGGCAAAAGAGAUUCGUCUGGUUGAGGAUAUCUUUCAGCAAAACAUUGGUCGCACAGGACCUCAGUUUCCUGGUGCUCCACUAUCCAAAGCACCCCUGAGCGCCGCUCAGAACUCGGGACGCCCCCCUGGAAAAAAGAAAGGGCCCAAACAUAAGGAGGUGUUGGGGGGGUUUGGGCCCACUGGAACCAAAAAGAAAAGUCAGAAAGGGAUACUCAAAGCAGAAGCAGGAGAACUCGAGCUCAUUGAGAUCCAUGCCAAACAUACCCUCAAAAAAUUUCAACCUGGAAAGUCCAAACACAAGAACAAGCUGGAGCUGCCGUUAGAGGAGUUCGAAGGAAAGAUAAAUAAAAACAAGCUUAAACUUGUCUUGACAAAUGGGAAAAUCCAAGGUAAGAAAGAUGGUAGCAGUAAUGGUGCAGGAAGGGCUGGAAGCUACAAACACCUUGCCACAGAGGGAUCCAGUCUAUCUGACCUGGAGUCUGAGGAUGAGCUGCAGAUUGAUGAGACUCCACCUCCUCGACGCAAACCUACUGGACCUAACAAGAAAAAGAAACUAAGUGGUUUACCGAGGAAGUUGCCCAGAGCUAAACCUUGUUCUGACCCUAAUCGCAUCAGGGAGCCAGGAGAGGUAGACUUUGACAUUGAGGAGGACUACACGACUGACGAAGAGGCGCUGGCAGCUCAUGGAGUAAAAGGCGGUGCCGGUGGCAUCCUUGACUUAUUAAAGGCCAGCAAGCAGGUGGCAGGGUUAGACUCUGCAGCUCUCAGUGAGGAAGCACCAGCCUCCCCCAGCACUCGAGAUGCCAUCCAGGGUAUGCUUUCCAUGGCCAACCCUCCUUCGUCAUCCUCCUCUUCCUCAUCUUCAUCCCCCUCAUCUAUCUCUGGAGGUCUGACAGAGGGAUUAGCAGCCGUUAAGGACAAGGGUGGCAGAACUGUGUGGGUGACAGGAGGAAUCAAGAAGAGUGCAAAUCCUGAGAAAAAAGCAGUGAUUCAGCGGCCCGGUAAAAGGACAAUUAAAAGGCCAGCCCGUCACAUUACUGAUGAAGACAGUCCAGAUGAGCAAGAAACACUGGGGACUUGUUUUAAGGAUUCAGAUUAUGUUUACCCUUCAUUGGAGUCUGACGAGGAAGAUCAUAUUAACAAGACGAAGAUGAAAAGAAAGAAAAACUGGGAUGACACACCCUGGAGCCCAAAAGCACGGGUGAUGCCAACGCUUCCUAAACAAGAUCGACCAGCCAGGGAAGGAGCUAGAGUUGCUUCUGUAGAAACUGGCCUUGCAGCAGCUGCUGCCAAGUUGGCACAACAAGAACAGCAGAAACCUGCUAAAAGGAAGUACACCAAAAAGCAACGUCCUCCUGCUCCCGUUGUAAGUCCUCCCCCUGUCCAGGCUGAGCCCACCCCACCCUCCCCAACACCUGCUCCAGAGUCAGCAGCAGAUGUCAGCCCAGACAGGAGGAUGGAUUAUUUCUCUGCCAGUCUGUUAGACCAUGAAUACACAGCAGGGCCAGGACCUUUUGGCCCUGGAGGCCCGAGGGGCAGUGGAGCCAUGGCCCCUGGUGUAUUCCUCUCUUCCCGACGACCUUCCAUGUCACCUCAAAACAGCAGUUCUCAUGCCGGUUUAUCUCCUGCAGGCUUAGCCAGCCAAGGAAUAACAGGAAUCGGUCAAGGUAAACGGCCAAAGAAAGGUCUCGCCACUGCAAAACAGAGACUUGGAAAAAUCCUAAAAAUUCAUCGCAAUGGGAAACUUCUCUUGUGAGAGAUUUUUGUUUGUGGAUGAUGACUUUAAGAAUGAAGAUUAGGCCUCUGAAGUUGGUCUGAAGAAACUAGAGAUGGUUAUCUAUAUUUUGUACUUUUGUUUAACUGUUUUCAUUUGUGAUCAACUGUCAUCAUAUCUUGCCCUCACCGAUUUUCUGCCUGACUCCACCUACCACAAUCUGCGUCAAGGUGUUUUCAGAGGCACAUAUGACUUCAAGUAAAAUCACUGUAAUGUCCUGGAAGCACUCUUUAUGUGGUGAAUUGUUUUUACUGCCACAUAUUUGAUACUGACAAUAGGCACUUUUUUCUAAUAAUUUGAAGGAACGUUUACACAGAUUUUUCACAAAUUUACAAAAAAGGGUGAUUUUUUUUUUUUUGUUGGUUAUUUUUACAAGUUGUGUUUAGGCAAGACUUUUAAAGGGAAAACGCGCAUAAAUGUGCAAACGUUUAAACGCUCUCAGUAGUUUUAGAGUUGUAUUUAGCUGUUUUAUCCUAGUUUUUGUAAGCCAUGCCCCUGUUUUCUAUUCUACUCUGUAAAACAAACGGUUGUAUUAAUCCCCCCAUUAAAGACAUAAUGCUACACGUUAUUAUUUCUAAAGCUCUUAACAUGAUCUCAAAAAUUCUCAGCCAUCUUAAUUUCUGGACACCAUCAUUUAAUUUUAUUUAUUCUUCGUUUAUUUAUUUACCAAGGUAGAACUUCAUAACUUCUAAGCCUUUUCUAAUGUAGCAUGUUUUGUCCCUGUCUUUGUAUGAUCAAAUAUGAUUGUUAAAUAUCUUAAAACGUAUAGAAAAAAAACUUUCCACUGCUAUUUUAGGUUUUUUUUUUUGUUUGUUUCUUUUUUGUUUAGAUUUUAAUUUGACAAUGUAAAUAUUUGUAUUAUUUGUAAUUUAUAUUGCUAAAUAAAAUUAAAAAAAGAGCGAGUAGUUUCCUGCAUGUUGCCGUAAUUUGAGCACCAAGUUUUGGCAGCUUUCUUUGGUCGGACGUAGAGACGUUUUCACAGAAUGUACUUGUCAUAAAAUGUUGGAGGUGUAGUUUAAAGAGUAAAAAUAUUGUGAAGGUGCAGGAUAUGAAUUAUAUGUAAAUAUAUGUUUUAAUUUAAGUUCUUUUGUAGUUCAAAAACUUUCAAAUUUUUCAUAACUUGUACAUGAUACAUUGUUGGGGAAACAUGAUAGUUCUUUUUUAUAUUUGUAUUCAUCAACUGUCAUGUUCAUGUUGUCUUGUUGGUGUAAUGUUAGAUCUGUGCUUAAGAAGAAGCUGUUGGUAAAUUUCAUGCAUUUAGUUUUAUAUUGUUUAUACUUCCUUUGUGAGUGCUGUGUGUCUUUUAUUUUUCAUGUGUUUUGCUUUAACCUGAAAAAGAUCAAAGUUCAUUUUUGCUCAUGUUAUUUGAGGAACAAUUUUUUUUGUAUUUUUAAAAAGAAGGAAAGUUAGAUUUUUUUCUGGCAAAUCAAUGCUUUUUUGUUCACUAUACUUCUCAGUUUUCCUGACAUUUGAAAAAAGGGAUUUAGGUAUUUUUCUGCUAUACACAAUGAAUAUUUUGUUGUAAUAAACACAUCUACUCAUAAAAGA